AUGGUCGAGGCUUUCUGCGCCACCUGGAAGCUGGUGGACAGCCACAACUUCGACGAGUACAUGAAGGCACUAGGAGUGGGGUUUGCAACACGGCAGGUGGGGAAUGUGACUAAACCCACUGUGAUUAUCAGCAGCGAGGGGGACAAAGUAGUGAUCAGGACUCAAAGCACUUUCAAAAACACAGAAAUCAGCUUUAAACUUGGAGAAGAAUUUGAUGAAACUACCCCUGAUGACAGAAACUGCAAAUCAGUUGUGACCCUGGAUGGAGACAAGCUAGUACACGUACAGAAGUGGGACGGCAAAGAGACAAACUUUGUGAGAGAAAUAAAGGAUGGCAAAAUGGUCAUGACUCUCACCUUUGGUGAUGUGGUUGCUGUUCGCCACUAUGAGAAAGCGUAG